CACCCGGGAGGGCCCGGGGGAGGAGGAGGAGGAGGAGGAGGAGGCGGCGGCGGACGAGGACGACUCCGGGCGCGGAGGGGAGGAAGCAGGCAGCGCUGGCCAUGGCCUCCAACUUUAACGAUAUAGUCAAACAGGGCUACGUGAAAAUCCGCAGCAGGAAGCUGGGGAUUUUCAGGCGUUGUUGGUUGGUUUUCAAGAAGGCUUCCAGUAAAGGGCCCAGGAGGCUAGAAAAAUUUCCAGAUGAGAAGGCAGCAUAUUUCAGGAACUUUCACAAGGUAACUGAGCUGCACAAUAUCAAAAACAUAACCAGAUUGCCUCGAGAGACAAAGAAGCAUGCAGUGGCAAUUAUCUUUCAUGAUGAGACAUCAAAGACAUUUGCGUGUGAGUCAGAACUAGAGGCAGAGGAGUGGUGCAAACAUCUUUGCAUGGAGUGUCUGGGAGCCAGGCUCAAUGACAUAAGUCUUGGGGAACCAGAUUUGCUUGCUGCUGGUGUUCAGAGAGAACAAAAUGAACGAUUCAAUGUAUAUCUUAUGCCUACACCAAAUUUAGAUAUCUAUGGGGAAUGUACAAUGCAGAUAACACAUGAAAACAUAUAUCUCUGGGACAUCCACAAUGCCAAGGUCAAGCUGGUCAUGUGGCCUCUGAGCUCUCUGAGGAGAUACGGACGUGACUCAACGUGGUUUACAUUUGAGUCUGGAAGGAUGUGUGACACAGGAGAAGGGCUGUUCACGUUUCAAACACGAGAAGGAGAAAUGAUAUAUCAGAAAGUCCAUUCUGCAACACUGGCAAUAGCAGAGCAACAUGAAAGAUUAAUGAUGGAAAUGGAGCAGAAGGCAAGGCUCCAGACCAGUCUGUCUGAACCGAUGACUUUAUCCAAGUCGAUCUCACUUCCUCGUAGUGCAUAUUGGCAUCACAUCACCCGGCAGAACAGCGUUGGAGAAAUCUACAGUUUACAAGGUCACAGCCUCAGCUCAGCGAAGGUGUCCCGGGCGCAGACAUUUCCCAGCUACCCCUCGGAGCAGGACGAAGAGCACCAGCAGUCCCUCUCGUUGGCCAGCAGCUACGCCUUCAGCUACGGCUCGAGGCUGGUGCAAUGACAGCCGGGGGCGUCCGGCUGAGACAGACAGUUGAGCCUGGAGCCUGCCUCCAGGGCCAGGGAGCCACUGGCCCCCUCCACACCCACCAUUUGCCGUGAAAACUGAUGCCUACCAGCUCCAGCCGGGUCACCGCCAAUGCAGAAACCUGGAGAGGCGGCUUCCCCGAAGCAGAGGCUAAGUCUUUAUUUAUUUAUUUUGCUGUUCCUUUUGUCGAUAUGUUCAGAAAGGAGGGGUUUGGGGGGCUGGGGGGAGGGAGGAAGGGGGACAUGUUCGUGUUGUGAAAAAGUGGUGGAAACAAAUGAAACUGUGUUGGUUGAUGUGAAGGUUUCUGCAUGACCGGAGAAGGUUCAUUCUGGGGCUCCAUCACGAUGGCGAGUUUGACAUUGGGGCCUUCCUUCCCGCCUCCACCAGCAGGCCAGCCUGUCUUCACCUGUAACCUUUUUAGGUCCUUACUGCAGCCUACUGAUUCCCGCUGGAGUCACUGAAAUGUCACCAACUCGAGAUGCAGCGUCAGUGCUGCGGGAGUCACCUUCUCACACAAGAUCAUUCACUACCCUAGAGGGUGGUUGGGUGUUUUUUGAACCAAACACCAACACAUACUAGAGUAUCAGGCUGAUAUGUUUUGUUGGGAAUAGGGUUUGAUGUGUUAAGGUAAGGUUAUUGCCUGGUCCAGCUCUAAUCUUAAAUUCCUGGGGCACAAAUUCAUCCCUUACAAUGCCUGUGCAAUUCUCAUAAUGCCCCUGAGAGCUGUGAACAUCCAUAUCAGCAGCACAAUCUUGUUCUCAAAACUGCUGCGAUGUCUUCUUAUUUGCAAAUUAUUUAGGUAACCAUACCUGCAAGCCUGACUUUAAAAAGCGGGAAAACUGUUUUUCAGACAAAUAAAAGUGGGCCACAACCCCAGCUGGUGACCGCCUGUGCCACGGCUUGGCCAGAUAUGGUAGAGCUGAGCUCUGGUCUUGCCUUUCUGGUCAGCAUUACUUUGAUUUUCUCCGUUUCCUUCUCAAAUUUCUGUUUUAGAUGCACAUUGUAUCUUGUAUGAUCACGUGUCAAGCAUCUGUUUACUUUCAAAAGGAGGAUGAGUACGUCUCAAUGGAAAUUUUCUGUCUUUGGAAGACGUCUUUGAAAAAUGAACUGUAGUAGGUGUGUUUGUAAUCAGUAAUGAGGGAAUAAGUUGGAAGGCAUACCUCUAGGUGGGGAACGAGUUUUAUCUACUCUGAACAUUUAGAUUUUUGUAAGUGUUAUCAAAUAUUUAUGUUCUCCUUGCGAUGCCCUGAAAUAUUUGAAAUUGUGAGGAGAAAAAUCUGCCCUCUUGUAUGAUCUGAGCAGCUUUGUAUUCUGUUCCCAGUGUGAAACGAUUGCCAUGAUUACCAGAGAGAUUCAUCUCAUUGGUUGUUUCUCAGGACAGGUUGAGGAAACGUAUCAAGGAGGAGACACAUAGACUCUUUUCCAAUGAAACAAUCGGGUUUAUGUACCAUAAUUUAACUGAAAAAUGCUGUUGGGUUGUUUUAUAUAUGCACACAAACAUAUAUAUAUAUGUAUUAAAAGGUAUAGAAGAAACUUCUGCUUUUGAUUAAGCAUUUACUGAUACAGUAUGUUCAGCUUUUCUCCAACCAUUUUCCUGACAAAGAGACCUUGCAGACUUACAGCUUUCUACACCUCAGUGAACAGCUGCUGAAUAAAAAAAAACAUUGUGAUCCACUUGAAUGAAGCACUUCUACCCCACUGCAAUCACCGUUAUUUAUUUUUCCCCUUUUUCCUCAUCUCGUUCACUACCUCUUUUCCUUCUCACAGUGCUGCCAUACUCAGGAAUAGAACAGCUCCCUACAGAGAGUAUUUUGAUAAGCUAAAGUGAAAAACUGCUCUCCCACGCUGUCAGGGAGCUGUACCUAUGGUGCUCUCUGAGCUGUACCCAUCAAGGAAGCUUCAUUCACACUUUCAUUUAAGAAAAAAAUUUGGUUGACAUUUUGUUUAGGGAAAAUUUCCAGUUUGCAAAUGUUAAAUGCAAAAUGUGAUACGAAAGGAUACAUAUUCUGCUGGUUUAAUUCUGUUAUUCCAUGUAGCUUUGCCGAAUAUACGCCUUUUGGGGAACUGAUCAGUUAUUCUUUUGCUGCUGAGGUUCUUCCACUUGCCCUAAAAUUAUACAUAUUUUGUUUAAAACUCCUUAUAUUAGGUUUUAAGUAUGUUCUACAGAUUUCAAUGCUGUGUCCAUGUAGUUAUUUUCAUCUGUGACUUGAAUACUAGACAUUUAAUAGUUACAUAUUCUACAUAGUCCAAAAGUGGGGAAAAGGCUAAAUAGGAGAAUAUCAGAACUGCUUUAUAGUUCCAGAACCCAUGAACUUUAAGAACCUAACUAAAUCCUAAAUCUAGUACUUUAACUGUGGUUAGAUAAAAAGCAUAAGAUCUAUAUAAUGUGCUCUUUUCAUUUCCUGGGGAACGGUUGCUGUCUUUGGCUGUCUUCCUGUGCAGUACCUGAAUAUUGUCUAGUUAUUGAAAAUGUAGAUGCUAUUUUCAAAGAAAACACACACACAAAAAAAGGGGAGGGAGGUGGGAUUGGCUGUGCAUAACAGCUUUACUGAAUAUUUUGCUUUAAUUGAAAAUCGUUCUCUUAACUCAUACAUUCAUAAAAUACCUGUGAGGUCUCAUUUUGUAGCAAUACACAGAAUAUUGAACUCCAGGACAGAGCUAGAAAACAUAACCAAUCAAAAGCAAAUCUGACCCUUUGGGAACUAUUUCUUGUGGAGACUAAACACAAGCACACUGAAAGUUUAAAAUAAAGAUGCAACUUCUCAGUGUCCUGCACCACAGUCUGAGAAAACCCGACACCUGAAGCACAAAGGUAUUCAGCAGCCAUUGGAUGCUGCCAUUAGUGCCAUUCCAGAACAGCAGAUGAUAUUGCUGUAACAUUGGUGUACUCACACAGCUUCUGCAGAUGUUCCUCAGAAAAGCUCCAUGAUAACCAGGCAGACACUGUGCCAACAGUUUGCCAGAAAAUUCUGUUUUCAUGGAAUUGCUUUAAUUCCUGGCAUAUGCCUGUUGAUAAUCUAAGUAAUGCCCUACUGAGGCUACUUUGCACAGCUCCUAGUGUUUCCACCAGAAGGAAAACUGUCUUUUGGAACACAUGGUAGAGCUGCCUGCCUAGAGACUACAAUGGCCUUUAAACAGACCCAGGGACCCCAUGGGACCCUGUUCAAGUCUCGGCUUUCUUCAUGUGCAAGGCACACUGAUAAUACAUCUGCUCCUGACCCAAGAGUUGCUCUCUGUUUUCAGCUAAUGAGCUGUGAAGAGAUGAAGGGCAACAAAAUGUCUUCAGUGGUAACCAGGUGCAGCUGGUGCAAAUGGAACUUAACAUUAGUACGUUAUAAAAUAGAAGAAAUAAAAUAACGUUCUCGCUUUCCUUUCAGUUCUGAGGAUGUGUUAUGAAUAUAUAACUGUAACCAUGAUUUACAUUUUUUAAAAAUCACCCUGAUAACCUCUAUGAACAAAUAGCACACAGUGUUACUAAAUAUAGUUACUAAUAUAUCUUAACUGUGAAUAUUAUAGAUUGAUGCAUGCUGGCACUUUUGAUUUUGAAGUCACUUGGUGCAGAAAAGGUGAAAUCGAAAGAGACUGGUAAUAAAUCAUCAAAUGGUGCUAAGGAACUUGAAUAGUCACAUUUUUUAAACAGUUACAUGUUAUUAUUGAUAGUCUGUGGCUAUACUCAUUUAAAACAAUUUUAUCUGCCUAGGUAAAGGAAAAAGGAAGGAGAAUCUCUUGUUGCAUGGAGUUUGCUGUUUUACUGAGUAAAUAUUUAGGCUUUACUUUCUGUGACAGGCUGUGAUUCCAGAUCCUCACGUGUAUCAGUUCCAUGUGAAGUUCUGUUGCUGGGGUUUUUUGCUGGGUUUGUUUACUUCUUUUUUUUUUUUCCACAAAAGCUACAAGUAAAGCUUGAAAAUAUAUUGACAAACCAAAGAAUUUUGUUAGAUGUUGACAAUAGCUACUCUUUUUAGUUUUGACAAAAUGACAUUUUUGGAAAAUGCUUCUUUUCAUGACACAUGCAUAGAAAUCCUGUUGUGAAGCAGAAAACUCUAAUCAAGUUUUGUUCUAAGAUAAUAGGACUUUGCUAGAAGGAGGGAUUGAAAUUGAGUAUUGGAGGGCAGAAGUGUUUUAAAGUGCUCUCUAUAGCAAUAAUUUAAGAACAAAAUACAGCCUUCAGGCACCCAUUUAUUUAGAAGUUGCUAUGGGCAGGCAGUCUGUGAAGACCUUUACCUACUUACGGCAAAGAGGAAAAAAAGAUGGAUCAUUAAUCAUAUUUCUGUAUCGAAUUUAUCAGGAAGAGGAAUUAACUUCGUGCCUGUUCAGCUCUCCAGUAAAAUGGGCAAUGCUAUGAAGAGUACUGGGGUUUUUUGAGAUAUUUGAUCUCUAGGAACUGACAAAGACCAUGAGCCUGCAGCAUAUAAACCUCUACUCAGACUUAGCUCACCAGCCACAUGUACUAGUUUUCAUCUGGUAAACUGCAGGGUGAGAAAAUACAUGUGUCUUGAAUGGCUGUGCUUUUUUCAUGAAAUACAGAAUUAUUUAAAACUGUUUCUUCCUAAAAAAGAAGGAGUAAUGAGUUCCAAUUAAUCUCUGGUUUAGUGUUUAAUAUGAGUGUAUUUAUGCUCCUUUUUAUACCUGCUGCAAAGGAGUAAGUGUGGUUUUUAUCCACACACAGAAUACAUUGGACAGGGGAGAAAUUGUGAGAAGCUGCUGUUUGAUAACAAGAACAGAUCCAACAGCAGUGGAAAGUUUCAUUUUUCCAUACAUCAUCCAAAUACUUGUGACUCUUUCCAAACGCACUUACCACACAACAUGAUCUAUUAGAAUUUUACAUUUUUCACCACAGGCAAUUGGUCAGUAUGCCUGUUUAUGUUUUGUGAGAUGAAGGUAGUGACUGUGCAACGCCAUUGUAAUGGCAUAACUUUAAAAACAAAGGUUGGAUGUAAGAUUGGAUAUACUAAGUCUGCAGUUUUAAAGUCUUGCACUCCACGAAGGGUGUUGUGUUUGUUCUUGAUAGUAUCAAUAAAUGCUCUUCCUUUUUUUUUUUUUUUAGAGAAAAAGAUACAGUGUAUUGAAAACAAAUAUAGGCAUGUGGUGGAAUGAAAGAAAUGUCAGAAUAUUGACUCACUUUUUGUAACAAGGUCCUCUCUGUCCAAGUCCUUACAAGACAGUAAAAGGUGAUAGGUGAAGGCUCUGUGUAUUCAGCAAGUGUUGAAAUGGCAUUAUGCUUAGAAACCUAAGUAGUACAAUCCAGUGGUGAAUUGGUGCUAUUAAAGAAAAUAGAAGUUUCACCUUGCAGAGAUGCUUUUCACAUCUUUACAUGCAUAUACGACUUGACAGAUUUUUACAGACAUGAUUAAAACAGAUAUGAAAGGAACUGAGGUUUAAGUAUGAUUAAAUAUAAUUAAAGCAUUUUAAAAUGUCCAUGUUGUUAUGGAUAUUGCAAGCUGUAACAGAGACAAUAUUUCCUUUUUAACUAAAUGCAAGCUCAAAAAGUAACAUGCUCCCUAAUAUGAAGAAGUUAAUCUUUUUAAAUAUCACACUCAAAAUCCUAAAGAAUUAAUUUCAUUGGGGUUUUUUGUUGCUUUACAUAAAUGCUCACGAGGUUAAAUAGAUUUACUGUGUUCUCUUAAAAUCCUGGGGUUGUCAAGUGUAUUAAUACAUUCUACAGUAGAUUUUUUCCUGUGAGAAUAUUUGACAUGAAUGAUGUUAAAUUUUAAUUAGGCUACACUUUUUUUUCAGACUUUUUUUUUUUAAUUUUAUGAUAGCAAGACAACAGUGGGCAUAGAAAAUAGAACAAAAUUAAUCAGCUGUUUUAGCAAUUCCAUACCAGUAACAAAAAUAAAGGUUUCAGUUAAACAUUUAUUCUCAUUGCUGCUCCUAUAGUUACAACAGAAUAAAUGAUGUAAAAUAAAAUUGUCCUUGUUGGUGUUAAUUGUUGCAUUUCCUGAGCUUCAACAGAUGACAGGCUGUGACAGGAGAUAUCCAGAACUGCUUUGUGUCAAUUGUUCUGAUUUAAGAUGGUUACAAGGAAAAACAGACGAUACAGAAAAAAAAGUGUUAGGAGUUUCUACAAAAGAAUGACACACACUAAGCUUUUAUUUCUUUUUACUUCUUUGAAAAGCAUCAUUAUAGAAAGCUAGAGAAUUUCUUGAAAGGAAAUUGAAAACAGUGUAAGAAAUCAACAAAAAUAAAAACAGAUUCUGUAAUCUUUAAAAAUAUUAUGAAGCAAUUAACAGACGUUUAAGCACACAGCAAUGGGCCAUGUAGAAUGCAAAACAGUUUCCUGAAGCAUUUAACUUCUUCUGAAUUUAUCAGGAGCAGGAAACAAUGUUUUGUGUUCAGCACUAAUUUACUCUACAACAGUGGAGUCAGGAGUGCUGGUCUCAUCUUCCCUCACCUGGCUGGAAUAACCAAGUGCCGGUCUGCCUAACAUGUAUUAUGCAAUAUAGGUGCUUGAAAAAAUAGUGGUUU